UUGGAUUCCACUAAUAUGGUCUAAUUUUACAAUAAUUUUGCAUCAUAAUCUAAAGUUAUGACUAGUUUCCCUCUUUUACAUCGCAUAUAUCCAUCUUAUUACUAUUUUUGCCAUGUUUGUAACGCUAGGAGAAGUGAGAACCAAGUUUCCACCAGUGACUCUGGCGAUAUCACCUGCCUCUUAUGUCAAAGUGUCGGAUUUGUAGAAAAGGUAACCGUCGGGAAUCAGGAUGGUACUAUGUUUCACUCUGGAGAUACAUCCGGAGGAAGCUCAAAUAGUCGUGGUAAUCCCACUCCAGAUGUAACACGACUCUUCGCAUCGGACCCAUUUACAUCUGUCUUUGGGAUGCCCCUGAAUACGUUCAUACAGGACGUAAUGCAGGGGUAUUUCGGAGGUUCAGUGUCGAAUGUGGAACAGAGAAAUCCGCUGGAAAUGGGUUUCGGAUCAAGGGAUUUUAGUACAAUCUUUGGUUCUAGACCAAUUUUCACUUCGUACGGAGGAUCCAGAGGACGACCCUUUACUGCCAGAACUCCGCUAUUUCCGACUGAUUUAUCAAGAAUAAUGAGCUCAUUUAUCAGUAACCCUUUUGAUCAACAGGCUAUGGACCAGAUUUUGCAAUAUGUAAUGGACAAUGAUCCGAACAGAUAUGGGUCUCCGCCGGUUGCUAAAGAUAUACUAAACUCGUUGAAAGUCGAGGUUUUGACUGCAGAUACCGCAAAAGAAUUGGGAAAUUGUGCAGUGUGUACGGAAGAUUUUAGAGAUCAAGACAAGGUACAUUGGUUAACCGAGGACAAAAGUCUCUGUGGUCAUGCUUUUCAUGUGGACUGCAUAAUUCCUUGGCUAAAAGAGCAUAAUACAUGCCCAGUGUGUAGAUUCGAACUUCCCACAGAUGACGAAACCUACAACAAACAAAGGGAGUAUCUGCGAACAAGAAUUGCCGAAGAAGUUCAGAGGAAUGCCAAUACUCCGCCAUCAACAUCACGUAAUGAAUAAAUUUU